GGAGAGCGACUCGCUGCAGCGCUCAGCCAGGGAGGACGCUGCAAACGUGCCUUCGUGCCCAAGGACAUGCACCAUACGACUCAGUUCAGGGUGCGAACCUGACCUAAGCCCGGAAUCCGCCGCUCCUGCGUCUCAACAUGCCCCUUCGCCACGGAUCCGCUCUGUCGUCUUUUCAUCCCGUCCUCUUCCCCCUCGCGGCGACUCUGCGGCCGGGAUGCUCAGCUGGUUUCGGCGCGAGGGGCUGAGCUCCAGCCAUCCGUCUCCUCUGUAGGGCUGGGUGACAGCUGCUUGUCCUGCAGCAGUGCACGGUCUGACUUGGCCAGGGCUCCGGGGGGUGUACGCAGCCCCCCUCGCGCUCCUGCCAGCCCUGCUGAGCCCUUCCCAGCUCAGCCCCUAGGGCAAUGUGCACUGCUCCCUUCAGCUUCCCCCCGGGAAGGGCUGAGUCGCACUCUGAGCUCCUCCAGACUUUGCCAGACCCUGGCCCUUGGCCCUUGGCCCCUCUCCUGUGCCUGCUUUGCGCUCUCUGCGCUAUCCCACUAAAAGGCUGCUCCACUGAACCAGUGCAUUGGCUGACUUGAUCUGGGAUGAAGGCUGGAGCUUCCCGGCGAGGGAAAGGAGACCUGUAGGCAGCUUUCCAUUCGUAAAGUGAGCAGUAAUUGCAAGGAGGCAGCCUCCCCGCUUGGAAUCAAUAGAGGCUGCUUGCUCGCCGCGAAGGGCACUUUGGAGCAGCAGCAGGGCACUGAAGUAACUCCAGCACACUGCUGACUGCGGAGUUGUAAAGAACUACAUGCAAAGUGGCUGCAGCAGGGCUGGAAAACGCUUCGCUGUUACCAAGGACACAAUAGUUUUUUCAAGUCAUUAGAGCUUUUUUCUCUGGUCCUCUCCUUCCAUUAUCCAGAGAGGGCCAUUCCUGGGAGGGAUGAGGAUGGAGCUGUGAUUUUUUUUUUCUUCCCCAGCGCUGCUUUGGUGGGGGGUGGGGGAGAGAGGCUUUAGCAAGCAGCUCUGCUGCUGAGAUCAGCUCUGCUUGAAUUUCCCCAAGUCUUCUCAGCCUCGGAGAGAAACCAUGAUUUUGAACCUACUCCGGGCUUUUUGGGGGGUCUUCUUUAUUUUCUGGACAGCUUUUAACACAGCCCUAGUGGAUGUGGUCGGAUCGGAGCAGCAGAUCCCCUUGUCGGUUGUAAAGCUCUGGGCCUCAGCUUUUGGUGGGGAGAUCAAAUCCAUCGCAGCUAAAUACUCAGGUUCCCAGCUUCUGCAGAAGAAAUACAAAGAAUACGAGAAGGAUGUUUCAAUAGAAGAAAUUGAUGGCCUUCAGCUUGUGAAAAAGCUAGCAAAAAGUAUGGAAGAAAUGUUUCAUAAAAAGUCUGAAGCUGUACGGCGUCUUGUUGAAGCUGCCGAGGAUGCUCACUUGAAACAUGAAUUUGAUGCUGAUUUACAGUAUGAAUACUUCAAUGCUGUUCUCAUAAAUGAACGAGAUGAAGAAGGAAACUUUUUGGAACUGGGGAAGGAGUUCAUUCUAGUGCCAAAUGACCACUUCAAUAAUUUGCCUGUGAACAUCAGCCUGAGUGAUGUCCAAGUACCAACCAAUAUGUACAACAAAGAUCCAGCUAUCGUAAAUGGAGUCUUUUGGUCAGAAUCCUUAAACAAGGUGUUUGUCGAUAACUUUGACCGUGACCCUUCUCUCAUAUGGCAGUACUUUGGAAGUGCAAAGGGAUUUUUUAGACAGUAUCCAGGAAUUAAAUGGGAACCAGAUGAGAAUGGAGUUAUUGCAUUUGACUGCAGAAAUCGAAAAUGGUACAUACAAGCAGCUACUUCUCCAAAAGACGUGGUUAUUUUAGUUGAUGUCAGUGGCAGCAUGAAAGGACUCCGUCUGACAAUUGCUAAGCAAACCGUAUCAUCUAUUUUGGAUACCCUUGGAGAUGAUGACUUUUUCAACAUAAUUGCUUAUAAUGAAGAACUUCACUAUGUAGAACCGUGUCUGAAUGGAACAUUAGUACAAGCAGACAGAGCCAACAAAGAGCACUUCAGGGAACACCUCAACAAACUUUUUGCAAAAGGAAUUGGAAUGCUGGAUAUAGCUUUAAAUGAAGCUUUCAACAUUCUCAGUGAUUUCAAUCACACAGGACAAGGGAGUAUUUGCAGUCAAGCCAUAAUGCUGAUCACUGAUGGUGCUGUCGACACGUAUGAUACAAUAUUUGCUAAGUAUAAUUGGCCAGACAGGAAGGUUCGCAUGUUUACCUAUCUGAUCGGAAGAGAAGCUGCUUUUGCUGACAACCUCAAAUGGAUGGCCUGUGCUAACAAAGGGUUUUUUACUCAGAUCUCUACAUUAGCUGACGUGCAGGAGAACGUCAUGGAAUACCUCCAUGUUCUUAGCCGACCAAAGGUUAUUGAUCAAGAGCAUGAUGUGGUAUGGACUGAAGCAUAUAUCGACAGCACUCUCCCUCAGGCUCAAAAGCUUGCUGAUGAUCAGGGAUUGGUUUUGAUGACCACUGUUGCCAUGCCAGUAUUUAGUAAGCAAAAUGAGACUAGAUCCAAAGGGAUUCUUUUGGGAGUAGUUGGCACAGACGUUCCAGUUAAAGAACUUCUAAAGGCCAUUCCAAAAUAUAAGUUAGGUAUUCAUGGAUAUGCUUUUGCAAUUACAAACAAUGGAUACAUUUUGACGCAUCCAGAACUCAGACCAUUGUAUGAAGAAGGAAAAAAGCGAAGAAAACCCAACUACAGCAGCGUUGAUCUUUCUGAGGUUGAGUGGGAAGACAGAGAUGAUGUGCUUCGAAAUGCAAUGGUGAAUCGAAAAACAGGGAAAUUUUCUAUGGAGGUGAAGAAGACAGUGGACAAAGGGAAACGGGUAUUGGUGAUGACAAAUGACUACUAUUAUACAGACAUCAGGGGUACUCCUUUCAGUUUAGGUGUGGCUCUCUCUAGAGGACAUGGCAAAUAUUUCUUCAGAGGAAACGUAACUAUAGAAGAAGGUUUGCAUGAUUUAGAACACCCUGAUGUAUCUUUGGCAGAUGAAUGGUCAUAUUGCAACACUGACGUACAUCCUGAACACCAUCAAAUGGCUCAGCUAGAUGCUAUUAAACUCUACCUCACAGGAAAAGAGCCAUUGCUUCAAUGUGAUAAAGAAUUGAUACAAGAAGUUCUGUUUGAUGCAGUGGUGAGUGCACCAAUAGAAGCUUAUUGGACCAGUCUAGCUCUAAAUAAAUCAGAAAAUUCUGACAAGGGAGUGGAAGUUGCCUUUCUUGGAACCCGGACGGGUCUAUCUCGUAUCAACCUGUUUGUGGGACCAGAGCAACUUACUAAUCAAGACUUCCUGACAGCUGAAGACAAAGAGAAUAUUUUUAAUGCUGAUCAUUUUCCACUCUGGUACAGAAGAGCCGCCGAGCAGAUACCAGGCAGCUUUGUCUAUUCAAUCCCAUUUAGUACAGAAACAGCAAACAAAAGCAAUGUGGUGACAGCUAGUACUGCCAUUCAACUUUUAGAUGACAGAAAAUCUCCAGUGGUUGCAGUCACAAUUUUCCUUUUCUCAAAUGGCCGCUAUUUCCCAUCAUUUACAAAAGAUCUGAUACUACCCAAUGAGAUGGAUAUUACUAAUACACUCAAUAAAGGUGACCAUUACUUUACUGAGGAGGUGUUCCUUGUCCUUGUGAAUAAAUCAGCACAUAAAGACUUAUACAUUGAAAUCAAACUCUGUUACAUGUCAGCUGUCCAAGACUAUCUAAGACUCUUGGUUAACCAGGCUUCAGUCCUUUUCAAUUUUUAUGUAGCAGUAGCCCUGAAAAUCUAUCUAUGUAACUGUCAAAGCCACUCUUGUCAGAUCCUAGGAUAUGCCAGUUUAAAUUGUAUCCACUCUUUUUUUGCAUUUAUCCCACUUCUGAUCAUUUUUGUUCUUCCCCCUCAGACUGGGAACUUUUUUGGUGAGAUCGAGGGGGCUGUGAUGAACAAAUUGCUAACAAUGGGCUCCUUUAAAAGAAUUACACUUUAUGACUACCAGGCCAUGUGUAGAACAAACAAAGAGAGUAGCGACAGUGCCCAUAGCUUACUGGACCCUUAUAAUGCCUUCUUUGCUGCAGUAAAAUGGAUAAUGACUGAACUUGUCGUGUUCUUGGUGGAAUUUAAUUUGUGCAGUUGGUGGCACUCAGAUUUAACAGCAAAAGCACAGAGAUUGAAACAAACCCUAGAGCCUUGUGAUACUGAAUAUCCAGCUUUUGUUUCUGAACGCACUAUAAAGGAGACCAUGGGAAACAUUGCUUGUGAUGACUGUUUCAAGUCCUUUGUCAUCCAGCAAAUCCCAAGCAGCAAUCUCUUCAUGGUGGUAGUAGAUAAUGAAUGCAACUGUGAGUCUAUCUUGCCAAUUACCAUGGAACCCAUAGAAAUAAGGUAUAAUGAAUCCCUUAAAUGUGAACGUUUAAAAUCUCAGAAGAUUAGAAGACGUCCAGAAUCUUGUCAUGGAUUUCAUCCUGAAGAGAAUGCAAGAGAAUGUGGGGGUGUUCUAGGCCUUAGUGCUAAACCUACUCUUGUUCUUCUUCCACUGCUUUUGGCAAUUUUCUCAAGGUGACGUUGACUGAUGUGUUCACUUGGCAUGCUAAAUACAUGGAUAAACUGUGAACUGAGAAAUGGUGCAACAUAGAAGACAAGAAAUAUAGUCAAAACAUCAGCAUUUCAUGAUUUUAAACUGUUGAUGAGAUAAACUUAAAGAUAUGUUGAAAAAUUUAUCUUUUUACUUUGCAAGUCAUGCAAAUGUGAAUUUGCCAUAUGAUAGUCACAAUUCAUCAAAAAAGGACUUUAAUAGAUAUACACAGGUGUCCAUUACUUUCUGCUUUGUCCCAUUGAAACCAAUUUAAAACUGUGUACUUUUUAAAUAAAGUAU